AUGGCGGCUGUUCCAGCAGUUAAAGUUCUUCAUCCAAUUAAUACUGAAAAAAAAGAUAAAAAAUUAAAAACAUUUCAGGAUUAUUUUCCUAAUGGAACAAAGGCAUAUAGUUGCUUACACUGUCGUGCUCAUCUAGCUAAACAUUCAGAAUUAAUUUCAAAAUCCUUUCAAGGAUCUCAAGGAAAGGCAUAUCUUUUUAAUUCAGUGGUUAAUAUUGGUUGCGGCCCAUCUGAAGAGAGAGUUUUAUUAACAGGUCUUCAUGCAGUAGCAGAUAUCUUUUGUGAAUGUUGUAAAACAACAUUAGGAUGGAAAUAUGAACAUGCAUUUGAAGCAUCACAAAAAUACAAAGAGGGAAAAUUUAUCAUUGAAGUUAUACAUAUGGUUAAAGACAAUGGUUGGGAAGAUGGUGAACGUGAUUUUUGA